AUGAGGACACUCUUAUUGUCUUGGCUGUCACGGCUGGAUGACCCCGGAGCCCCUCUGAGGCCCCAAAGGCCCCAGAGGCCAGGCCACAGCAAUGAGUCCACGGGCCCCCAGGCCGUGAGAACCCCGGCUCUGGUCAAUGAGCGCUGGGAGCCUGGGGACCCUGGGAGCAACUGGCUGGGCCAUCUGGAGCAGAGAGCAGAGACCCUGACACACGGCUGUCACCCGAGGGAGACACGCAGAGACAUGGACGGAGACAAUUCGCUCUCUUCCCCGUUCUCCGUCAUGCCUCUCUCCUCUCCUUCAGUGUUAUCCCCGCGCCUCCAUGUCCUGCAGGGUCAGGGCUGCACUGCUCCCAGGGGAAGCCUGACCCAGAUCCCAGUGGUGAAGGAGACCCGGGUGGAGUCGGGCCAGUUCCUGCUGCUCUCCGUCCUCUGCAUGCUCUUCAUCCUGGUGGCGCUGGCAGUGUCCACCACCUUCUUCUGCGUGCGCCAGCGCUCCCACCUCCGCAUGAAGGAAAAGCUGGCCAGCCUGGGGACUGACACCAGUACUGAUGCUACUGCAACCUAUCAGGAGCUGUGUCGCCAGCGUAUGGCGAUCCGCACAUCGGAGCGUGCCGACCGGCCGGAGACCCUGCGCCACUCAAGGCUCAACAGUGUUUCGUCCCAGUUCAGCGACGGCCCCGCAGCCAGCCCGUCGACCCGCAGCAGCACCUCCUCCUGGUGCGAAGAGCCAGUGCCGUCCAACAUGGACAUCUCCACUGGUCACAUGAUACUGGCGUACAUGGAGGACCACUUGAAGAACAAGAACCGUCUGGAGCGCGAGUGGGAGGCCAUGUGCUCCUACCAGGCAGAGCCCAGCGCCUGCUGCGUGGGGCUCGGCGAGCAGAACUCCAAGAGGAACCGCUCGGGCACCGUGGUCGUGUAUGAUCAUUCCAGAAUCACCUUGAAAGCGGAGAAUAACCACACCAACUCAGAUUACAUCAAUGCCAGUCCAAUAAUGGACCAUGACCCUCGCAACCCUACUUACAUCUCCUCGCAGGGCCCACUUCUUUCCACCGUGGCAGACUUCUGGCAGAUGGUGUGGGAGAGUGGCUGCGUCGUCGUCGUCAUGUUGACCCCGCUGUCUGAAAAUGGAGUGAAGCAGUGUCAUCCCUACUGGCCGGACGAAGGAUCUGACAUCUACCACAUCUACGAGGUCAACUUGGUGUCGGAGCACAUCUGGUGUGAAGACUUCCUGGUGCGGAGCUUCUACCUGAAGAACCUGCAGACCAAUGAGACCCGCACCGUAACACAGUUCCACUUCCUGUCCUGGAUGGACCGCGGGAUUCCCAACUCGGCCAGGACCCUUUUAGACUUCCGCAGAAAAGUGAACAAGUGCUACCGGGGUCGAUCUUGCCCGAUAAUUGUUCACUGCAGUGAUGGAGCUGGCAGGAGUGGGACUUACAUUCUGAUUGACAUGGUCCUCAAUAGGAUGGCUAAAGGUGCUAAAGAGAUUGAUAUUGCCGCUACCCUGGAGCACUUGAGAGACCAGAGAGCUGGCAUGGUCCAGACAAAGGAGCAGUUUGAGUUUGCGCUGACAGCCGUGGCAGAGGAGGUGAACGCCAUCCUGAAAGCGCUUCCUCAGUGA